CUUAAGUACAAAGACAAGAUGUCCUCAUCAAUUCAAAAAAACUCAUCUCCCCAAAACAUGAAAGAAGAUAUCUUACUGCAGAUUCCUGGUUGCAUAGUCCAUCUCGCCAAUGCAUCCGAACCCUUGGAGCUCGCCUCCGGGGACUUCAAGCUCGUAAAAGUUUCAUCAGACGAAAGCCUAACUCUAGCGAUGCUUGUCAGAGUUGGACUUGACCUCCAAUGGCUGGUGGGUAAAGACGAGCCGAUGGUUAAAGUCAACGCUCAUGACUACCUCUUCACGCUCCAGGAUAAAGACGGUGAUUCACUUGGGUACAAAGUCACUUUCUCUGACGAAGAGGAGGACGUCUUUAAAAAACUUGAGAUUCUUGAAGAGUUGAUGAGGGAGAAUUCUUGUUUGUCGUCUUUGAGUAAAACUAACAAUGAAAUUGAUUGGAAAGAGUUUUCACCGAAGGCUGGAGAAUACAAAAACCUUGUGGCCAAGGCCAUCGCUGAAGGGACAGGUCAUAUCAUCAAAGGAAUAUUCACUUGCAGCAAUUCUUUCUCUCAGAAGGUGUAUGAAAUAACUACCACAAACGAGACUGAGGAAAAGAUUGGUAAUGAAUUACAGAUAAAUGGAGGUGAUAACAAUAUAACUCCGGAGAAAAAUAACAUCAUCACAAUUAUUGAAAGAGCGGAGGCACUAUGGGAAGCGAGCGAGACGAUAGGAGCCAUAGUGUUAGAUGGUGAAGAUAUGAUUAGCGGUUUGAUGAUGGCUCCUGUGCUUAAAUCAAAGCUAGGGAAGGCGUUGUUAUCCACUGCCCCAGGAGAGAUUCUUUUGGCUUCACUUGAUUCCUUUGAUAAAAUACUUGGUGCUGCUGAAGCAGCAGAAGUACAAACUUAUUCUGCCACAUCCAUGGCUGCUACCAAACUUGUUAGUAAAAGUUUUGGGGAAAAGGCCGGAAAAACCACCGGAAAAGUGUUAGAAACAACCGGCAGCUUGAGUCGAAAGGCGUGGAAAAUUCUAAAAGCACAAGAUCCAACUUAUUCCAUGAUAUCAGGAGUUGUCAAAAAUGCUCCUAGAGAAUGA